AGGGCUUUCGUUCAAAAAUUCCUAACUUAUAUCUUCUAACCACGCGGACGAAGUCGCGGGCAACAGCUCUGCCGUCCUAAGAAAGAAGGGCACAACUAACAUUUUUAUCUAAAUCGAGUUAAAUACAUAUUCGGAAUCAGGAAAAAAAGGCCUAUCUGCCUAAUUUUUUGUAUAUUUCUAACAAUAAAACAAACAGAGAUAGCAUAAGCAUAAAGGGCACAACUGUACCAUUUUUUAAGAUUUUGUAAAGAGAAAGGUCACAUUGUGAUAUAUGUCUCCUACUUCACAUUUAUGUCUUUAAUAUAUUUAGUUGAAAAGGCAUAAUUGGCGCACAUUAAAUAUGAAGGGCUUAUGUGGCAAUUGUGCUAUUUUUUUAAACCAACACCUUAGCAAGAAGUGUAGAAAGAAAGUCACAACUGGCGAUUGUGUCUUUACUAUUUAACCUACUCCUUAAUAUUUUGUAUAAAAAUAGGCACACUGGCAGUUAUGCCUUUACUACUUACCCUACUUCUUAAUAUUUUGUAAAAAAAUAGACACACUGGCAGUUAUGCCUUUACUACUUACCCUACUUCUUAAUAUUUUGUAAAAAAAUAGACACACUGGCAGUUAUGCCUUUACUACUUACCCUACUUCUUAAUAUUUUGUAAAAAAAUAGACACACUGGCAGUUAUGCCUUUACUACUUACCCUACUUCUUAAUAUUUUGUAAAAAAAUAGACACACUGGCAGUUAUGCCUUUACUACUUACCCUACUCCUUAAUAUUUUGUAAAAAAAAUAGACACACUGGCAGUUAUGCCUUUACUACUUAACAUCUCUACAGAGAAAUGAGGUGAGGGGAGCGAGGUAUGAGUGAGCUUACGCCAGUUGUGCCCGGCGUGUCGAGACGAAUCCACGCGAGUCAGUGCCGCGCUCUGCAAUAUGUCAUCAAGAAGCGCAAGAUUAAUCAAUGCUGCUUUACGCAAAACAGACUGUGAUGAACAGAUCUUAGAUGAACCUGUUCCAUCCACAAGUGGGAUACAAAACUAUCGAGAUCAAGCAGCAAGUGAGGAAGAUUGUCAUGAUUUUGAUUCUGAUGAUUCUGUAAUCGAUAAAGAUUACAAAUUACCUGAAAAACCGAACCGAAACAUUAGUAGCAGUGACUCAGAAAACGACAUUAUACCGUGUUCACAAAUAAUUCGGCACACAACGAUUGAAGCAUCACCGGAAGAAUCAUCAGACCCAGAAACAAACGAAGAACAAAUAACGAAAAAAGGCAAUAUAAGGAAGCGGAAAACAUAUAACAUUAGCUUAAAAGAGCGAAAGAGAAUAAAGAAUGAAGAAAGAAUAGGCACUAAAUAUUUUGUAAAACCUGGUUGUCGUGAAAACAUCUGCAAAAAAAAGUGCUCAGAGCGUUUUCCAGAUGAGAUUCGCAAAAAAAUUAAUGUCAAUUUUUGGAAAUUGUCAUGGACGGAACAGAAAUACUUUUUUAUAUGUCAUACCAGCACAAAAAAACCAGAUAGACCUAAAAACAGAGAAAACGAUGUCAAUGAAGGUAAACAUUACACACGAUCGAAGACUAUAACAUACUUUUUGGUAAAUGAAAACGGCGAGAAAAUUUCAGUUUGCAAAACUUUUUUCCUCACUACACUAGGCUAUAACCAAAAUAACUGUAAGGCAGUAAGAAACGCUCUUGAAAGUGAUUAUAAGCCCGAAUUAUAUCCAAAACCUCUUGUUGAUGGACGUGGACGCAACCCGAAUCCUCAAAAACUAGAUUCUGUUAAAGUCACGGAACAUAUAAUGUCAUUUAAUCCUGCAGUAUCUCACUAUAGACGUGAGCACGCCCCUAACAAAAAGUAUUUGCCUUCAGACCUUAAUAUACGUAUAAUGUAUGACCACUACUGUGAAACCGAUCCUGAAAUAAAAGUAUCUUAUGGAUUUUACAGAAAACUUGUAAGAGAACUUAAUAUCUCAUUUACUAAAUUAGGACAAGAAGAGUGUGAGCUAUGUGAAAAAUUUAUUAUACACAACCCUCGUCGGGAAAUGAUUAGGCAUAGAAAUUGCAAAGAUUGUAAAGACUACGAAGCACACCAUGACAGAUAUAUAUUAGCUCGCCAAAAAUAUGAAAAUGAUGCUGACAAUCAAACACAGAAGAAAAAUGACACAGACACUCUAAUUUUUGCCGUAGAUCUAGAAAAAGUUAUAAUGUUACCCCGCAUGGAAGAGUUCAAAACUGUGAUGUUUUGCCCGCGGCUUAUUGUUUUUAACCAAAGUUUUGUGCCAAUUGGUGAAAAACAUAUACAUGAAUUAGGUCUAACUUUUGCAGCUUUAUGGCAUGAAGGAUUAUCUGGAAGAAAAAAAGAGGAUAUCGUGAGUUGCUUCAGGGCCUUUUUUAUGCAAAAUAGAGACCUUAAGCAUAUCAUUUUGUGGCUCGAUAACUGUGCAGCACAAAAUAAAAAUUGGACCCUGUAUUCUUAUCUGAUAUAUUUGGUAAAUUCUACAGAAGUUAACUUUGAAACUAUUACUUUACGCUACUUGGAAACUGGUCACACAUUCAUGGCUGCAGAUGAAUUCCACCACAGAGUAGAGAAAUCUCUCAAAACAAAAAAGCGUGUUUAUGACUUUGACGACUUUUGUAAUGCUGUAUCUAAUACUGGCUCUCGCACCAUGGUAAAGAAGAUGGAAGUUCAAGACUUUUACGAUUUUGAAGACUGUUCUUCGACAUUUAAAUUAAAAAAUUCUAACCCGAGAGCUUAUUUAAAUAAUAUUACUGAGACAAAUUUUCGAAGAGGAUCUAAUUCACUUUUUUACAAGAGUAGCCAUGGUACUCAAGAAUACUUCCAGCUAGAUUUUCUUAAGAUAAAAAAUAUUAAACAAGGGAUACCACAUCCAAGACAGAAGCUUGUUCCAAGGGGUAUCACGAGUGAAAGGAAAUCAGCUAUACUCACAAAGCUUGGUCCACUUAUGCCCACUACCAGAAAGGUUUUUUGGGAAACAUUACCUGUAAAUGAUCAGUCACUCGAUUUGAUUCAAAACUUUGAAGACUAAAAUUAAAGAAGACUGAUUUUAUUAUACUCACUUUAGUGAAGUUUUUAAGUAGUAUUAAGAAUAAUUGAUAUGUAAGCAAAGUGCCUUGAUGUUUCUCAUUUUAAAGUUGUUGGCGUGGCGUAUUUGGUUGUUUGUGCCUUUUAAACGUAAUAUUAUUGUUUCUAACUUAUUUUUUAUGUUAAGAUAAAAUAAAUUAAGAUAAUUAUCUAUUAUAUGCAUAAAAUUUAAAAUUUAAAAUGGUCAUGGUCUUAUAUGUAGUAUAUAAAUGCAUGUAUUGACAUUCACAAAAUUUCGAAAAACAUAGUUUAGUAAUGUAAUUUUCAAUAAAAACUAAAAAAAAAAUCAAACUUGAUUUUUUCAAUAUUUGCAAAAUGUUAGUUGUGACCUUCUUUCUUAUGACGGCAGAA